CUGAAUACCUGAACCCGCGUUACUAGCGACUUAUGAAGUCAUACAAUUUUUUACACUUGACUUUGCCGACAAAUACAUGUCAAUAAACUCGAUAAAAACAACAAAAUGGCUCAAGAUUUCUCCGUGGUCACGGCCAGUUAUGCCAACUUACAGAUAACCAGCACCCUGAACAAUUUCCCAUCGGAAAAGCGAUUUCAGAAGGACAUGACGAUUGGGACAUUAAAGGGUAAGUUGGAGAUGAUCACCGGAUCAUCCAGUGCAGCCAUGAGUCUCCAGCUUUUCAACAAGGAUGGUCAUUUAGUGAUCACAAUGAGCGAUGACGCAGCUCUACUUGGUUCUUAUCCAGUGGAUCAUGGCAUGAGGAUACAUGUUGUAGACAGUGACCCAAAUAGAUUGCGAGGGGAGUUUGAAGAUCUGUCCAAAGUUGAAAAGUUUGAAAUCUCAGCUGAAGAAUAUUCCAAGAGAACAGACUCUGUGCAAGCGUUCAAGAAGAAGCUCAAGGUGGGACAGUACCAAGAGUUGGACCCUGACGAGGCAGCGAGGCAAGAGGCCCUGAAGAAAGAGAAGGAAGAUGAAGAGGAGAGGUUAGCGGGAGCAAUUACUGUGGGGUCAAGAUGUCAGGUCAAUAUACCCGCUACACCACCAGUCAAAAGAGGAACCGUCAUGUUUGUCGGUAAAACAGACUUCAAGCCUGGGUUCUGGAUCGGCGUCAAGUACGAUGAACCUCUGGGAAAGAAUGAUGGGAGUGUUAAAGGCAAGCAGUACUUUGAGUGCCUGCCAAAGUAUGGUGGCUUCGUCAAGCCACAGUUUGUGGCCGUUGGUGACUACCCUGAAGAAAGCUUUGAUAUGGAUGAUGACGAUGAGAUGUGAGGUCAGGGGUUAAAGGAUUUGGGUGCCUUUUCAAAAUAAUAAUAAUAAUAACCCUAAUGUCCAUAGAUUUACAUUAAACUUUAA